AUUUACUUUUUUUAUUAUAAACUAUUAUUUUAAUGCUGCACAUAUACAAUGGAGAGAGAGACUGCCAUUCCUAUAUGAUGAAUAAACUAUAUUAAUGCUUUAUUCUAUUGGUAUCAAAGAAAAGUGCUAUAAAUAUGUUCCUAGUAGCUGCUUAAUUUAACAAGUUAAAAAGAUAAAUAAACAAUGGCUGAUAAAAGUAAGAAAUUAUCACGUUGGUACUUUGGUGGUGUUUCUUCUGCAGCUGCUGCAUGUGUGACUCAUCCUUUGGAUUUACUAAAGGUCCAUUUGCAAACUCAGCAGGAAGGCAAAAUAUCCAUAGUACGUUCGACUGUUGGAAUAAUUAGAAAACAGGGAAUAUUAGCUUUAUACAAUGGACUCAGUGCUUCCUUACUUCGCCAACUUACUUAUUCUACAAUAAGAUUUGGUGCUUAUGAGGUUGGCAAACAAACGUUUGAAACACCUGAUCAUCCAUUACCUUUUUACCAAAAGCUUUUAUUGGCUGGAGUUUCCGGUGCUACAGGCGGUGUUUUUGGGACUCCCGGCGAUGUGAUUAAUGUACGCAUGCAGAAUGAUAUCAAAUUAGCACCAGAAUUAAGAAGAAAUUAUAAACAUGCUUUGGAUGGAUUGUUUCGUGUAAUUCAACAAGAGGGUGUUCGACAAUUGUUUAGCGGAUGUUCGACCGCGACUAUGAGAGCAGCGCUGAUGACUAUCGGUCAAUUGAGUUUUUACGAUCAGAUUAAAACAACGUUGUUACAGACUGGCUAUUUUCGGGAUAAUCCUUCAACGCACGUUUUAUCCAGUGUAGCGGCUGGCGCUAUUGCAACAACACUAACACAACCUUUAGAUGUUUUAAAAACACGAGCAAUGAACGCUAAGCCUGGAGAAUUUAAAAAUCUAAUGGAACUUUUCUUAUAUACUGCCAAACUUGGGCCACUGGCUUUCUUUAAAGGCUAUGUACCUGCAUUUGUUCGAUUAGCACCGCAAACCAUUCUCACAUUUGUAUUCCUUGAACAACUUCGAUAUAAUUUUGGAUUCUAUCCACCAUCUGUAAAACUGACAUUGUAAAUCUGAUUGGUUUUGACAAGUGGAACAUAAUUAGAUAUUGAAAUUAAUUCUUUACAAUAUGUUGUACACAAACUGACAGAUGUCAAAUCUUCCUACAAAUUUGAACAGACGAUUAUUUGAACACAAAACAAAAUAUGUACAGCAAAUUGAUUUGUUUAAUUCGCAUAUAAUUUAAUCAUUAAGUUUUAAUUAAUUAGGCAUAGGUUUGUUCUCAGAGAUAAAAAUUUUAAUCGCACAUUAUCUUCCAGUAAAUACAUUCCUUAUAUUAUGUGAUGCAUAUACAUAUAUACAAACAUAUAUGUAUAUAACAGUACAAAUUUAUGCAUAUAUAUUUAGUUAUAUCAGCUUUUUUUACACGCACAGUGAUUUUAUUAGUACAAAGAACAAAAAAUAUAAUUUACUAAUUAAAAAUCUUUUUGUAUUUUUUUUCUUUUUUAUUGAGGCUACCCACAUUUGAAAGUUAUUGCAUAUUAUGCAUCUACAACAAGCGGAAUUACCAAUGAAAUGUAUAGUACAAUUUACAAAAGAGCUUUAGAUAAAAAUAUAUAAAGAAACGUAUACAAAAAAAUCUUUUUUAAUUGCUAAAACAUAAUAUGUAUUAAAUUAUAUUAUUUAUGCAGCAUAUAUAAUUUGCUAAUAAAAAUAUAAAAUAUUUUUAUGAUAAAAAAGAUAUACAUCGCAGUUAAUUUUUUUAUCUAUUUAUAUGCUCAUGGUAAUGAAAAUGUAGAACAUAUUUUCUAUGAAUAUUUUAAUAAUCCUGAGUGAGUCAUAUAAUUAUCACUUUUAUUCAAAGAAUUAAUGUAUGAAUGUAAUAAAAAUUGUAAAAUUAUAAAAUGGAAAUAAAUAUAUAAAUGUAUUUAUA